AUGGCUGAGGGGAGCGAGCUGAUGAACAGGCUGAUGAGCGAGAACGCAGACCUGAAGAAGCAGGUGCGCCUCAUGAAGGAGAACCAGAUGCUGAGGCGCCUGCUCAGCGAGAGCUGCCAGGAGAGCUGCAGCCGCGGCGGCCACGACCUCCUCUUCCCCAAGGCGCCCACCUACCCCGAGGACUGCUCCCCUGGGAGUGCAGUUCCAGACUUUGGAAGGUUUGCCAGUGUCCCUGAAGCGCCCUCCCAGCUGCAGAUGUCCUCCCUUGAGGACCUGCUGUGCUCGCACGCCCCCCUUUCCAGCGAGGAUGACACCUCCCCCGGCUGUGCAACCUCCGCCCAGGCGCCCUUCAAGGCUUUCCUCAGCCCCCUGGAGCUGCGUGCGCCCCGUGGCGCUGAUAGGAAGCUGUCCCCACUCCUGAGUCCCUUGCAGGAUCCGCUGGUGGACAAGACCCUGCUGGAACCCAGGGAGAUGGUCCGGCCCAAGAAGGUGUGCUUCUCAGAGAGCAGCCUGCCCUCCGGGGACAGGACCAGGAGGAGCUACUACCUGAACGAGAUCCAGAGCUUUGCCAGCGCAGAGAAGGACGGGCGCAUCGUCGGGGAGAUCGCCUUCCAGCUGGACCGGCGCAUCCUGGCCUUCGUCUUCCCGGGGGUGACCCGGCUCUACGGCUUCACAGUGUCCAACAUCCCUGAGAAGAUCAAGCAGACGUCCAUCAAGUCCCUGGACGGCUCCGUGGAUGAGAAGAAGCUGCGUGAGCUGACGCACCGCUACCUGACGCUAACGGCGCGCCUGGAGAAGCUGGGCUACAACCGCGAGGUGCACCCCGUGUUCAGCGAGUUCCUCAUCAACACCUACGGCAUCCUGAAGCAGCGACCGGACCUGCGUGCCAACCCGCUGCACAGCAGCCCGGCCGCCCUGCGCAAGCUGGUCAUCGACAUCGUGCCCCCCAAGUUCCUGGGCGACUCGCUGCUGCUGCUCAACUGCCUGUGUGAACUCUCCAAGGAGGACAGCCGGCCGCUCUUCGCCUGGUGA